CCGGGAGGCAGGGCCUGAGCGACACCGCUCGCGAUCCUCCGCGGAGGAGGCCCCCGAACCGAGAGAGGCGCGCUCCAGCCGGCCCCAGGAUGUAGGCGAUCGGCGGCGGUGCUCCUGCAGGCGGAAGGCUCAUCAUGAAGAAGCACUCAGCCCGGGUGGCCCCGCUCAGCGCCUGCAACAGUCCGGUCCUUACCCUCACCAAAGUGGAAGGGGAGGAGCGCCCCCGGGACUCCCCGGGCCCGGCGGAGGCCCAGGCGCCGGCGGCUGGAGCGGAGGCCGGCGGGAGAGGGAGCCGCCGCUGCUGGAGAUGCUCCCGGGCGCAGCUCAAGAAGAUUUUCUGGGGCGUGGCAGUGGUGCUGUGCGUGUGCUCCUCCUGGGCAGGCUCCACGCAACUCGCCAAGCUUACCUUCAGGAAGUUCGAUGCGCCUUUCACUCUCACGUGGUUUGCCACCAACUGGAACUUUCUAUUCUUUCCGUUGUACUACGCGGGGCACGUCUGCAAGUCUGCGGAGAAGCAGUCUGUGAAGCAGAGAUACAGGGAGUGCUGUCGAUUUUUUGGAGACAAUGGCUUGACUUUGAAGGUGUUUUUUACCAAGGCAGCACCCUUUGGUGUUCUUUGGACACUCACAAACUACCUGUACUUACAUGCAAUAAAGAAAAUAAACACUACGGAUGUCUCCGUGUUGUUCUGCUGCAACAAAGCUUUUGUGUUCUUGCUCUCAUGGAUCGUUCUCAGGGACAGAUUCAUGGGAGUGAGGAUUGUGGCUGCCAUCCUCGCCAUCGCUGGGAUCGUGAUGAUGACCUACGCAGAUGGCUUCCACAGCCACUCUGUCAUCGGCAUAGCACUGGUGGUGGGCUCCGCAUCCAUGUCUGCCCUCUACAAGGUUCUCUUCAAGCUCCUCCUGGGCAGCGCUAAGUUUGGAGAAGCCGCCUUAUUUUUGUCCAUUUUGGGUGUGUUUAACAUCCUCUUCAUCACCUGUAUUCCUGUCAUCCUCUACUUUACCAAAGUGGAAUACUGGAGCUCUUUCGAUGACAUUCCUUGGGGAAACCUUUGUGGAUUUUCAGUCCUCUUAUUGACAUUCAAUAUUGUAUUAAAUUUUGGAAUUGCUGUUACAUAUCCCACUCUGAUGUCUCUUGGAAUCGUCCUCAGUGUACCUGUGAAUGCAGUGGUUGAUCACUACACCAGUAAGAUAGUCUUCAACGGGGUCCGGGUCAUCGCCAUCAUCAUCAUCGGCCUGGGCUUCCUCCUUCUGCUCCUGCCAGAGGAGUGGGAUGUCUGGUUGAUUAAGCUGCUCACCCGCCUCAAAGUGAGGAAGAAGGAGGAGACGGCUGAGGGCAGCGCGGACCCGGGCUCGGGACCUCAGAGCAAGAGCAGGAGGGCCCGCCCUUCCUUCGCCCACUGACGGACGCCCGCUCUCUGGGUCUCCGCGGUGACCGCUCUGUUAAGGAUCUGGAGGUCUGUUCCCGACAGGGGAACCUCAGCUGGGUAAGGUGUACAUACCUGUACAGUUUUGGUAAUCUGCAGUAAGUUAUACGGUAUUUAUUGGCAUGUCCAAUUUGCUUGCACUUUUUCACAUCAGCCCUUUCACUAAAGGGUACCAAUUCAAUAUGAAAGAGAAAAGAAGAACCUCUCAGCUCUUUUUAAAUGAAUGUAAAAGCAAGUGAAAAUUCUGCUUGCCUCGAUUGUUUUGGAUGUCACACGUUCUUGACAAGGCCGGGCAAAUGUUUUGAAUCUUAGCAACCGAAAUUACAUUGCACACUGUGAUUAUUUUUCAGCUAUGGUAGGUCAUAUUUUGUUUUAUACCAGAGCUGUACUCUUAAUUUUAAGGGAUUUCAAUGAACCAAAAGAUAACUGUAAGUUGAUUUGGACGGAGAGACGGAUGGACUGUGAAAGGGUAAUGGACAUCAAACACCAUCGACUGUGGCUAAUCUCGGGAUGGCAGUUAGAGGCCAGGCCUGAGCCGGGUAACAGAAAAGGAGAUAAAUCCACGCCCAGCUGGCUUGCUCUCACGUGUCUGUGUAAGAUCAUGCAAGAGAAAUUACAGUGCCUUCUACAGAAUUUUCGUCUUUACCUUUGUGAAGCGAGGUGACAUUAUAAGUCACUGGCGCCGUCUUAUAAUUUAGACGUAGAAAUCUUUAGAAACAAAUAAAAUUAUAUAUAUAUAUGGGUGUGUGUGUGUACAAAAAUGACAAAGCUGAUGACCAGUAUAAUGGAACGUGGUUCUCGGUGUGCAGUGUGCAUAUCAGGUCGGCUCCACAGGGGGUGGUGAAUUGCUCGUUGCUUUUACUUCAUGACCAAGACUGAAAAAUUAUUUACUGAAUCUGUAAACCUUUUUAUGAAACUUUUAAGCACCAGGCUGUUUACUUACACAAUUUAGGUCUGCCAGAAAAUUCUAUCUGUGAUAGAUCUGUAAAGAGGGACAAGGGGACUAGAGUUUACUAUUUUUGAAGUUUACAUUGUUACAUACAAAAUGGAAACUUUAUUUUGAAAUGUUGUCAUAACCCAAUGGUGCACUCUGUAACCAUGGAGUCUUUCGUUUCAUAGGGGAAAGGGCAUUCAUGACCUGAACUUUUUAGCAAAUUAUUAUUCUCUGUUUCCAUUACCUGUUU